CUCUCACAUCAGAAUCAUCCCAACUCUCUCAUCCUCAUCAAAAUCAAAAUCAGAGUUUCUCUCCGGUGAAAAUGUCAGGCCGCGGCAAGGGAGGCAAGGGGUUGGGCAAAGGAGGAGCCAAGCGUCACAGGAAGGUUCUGAGGGAUAACAUCCAGGGCAUCACCAAGCCCGCCAUUCGCCGUUUGGCUCGCAGAGGCGGCGUCAAGCGUAUCUCCGGUCUCAUCUACGAAGAGACCCGAGGUGUCCUCAAGAUCUUCCUCGAGAACGUCAUCCGUGACGCCGUCACCUACACGGAGCAUGCCCGGAGGAAGACCGUCACCGCCAUGGAUGUCGUCUAUGCUCUCAAGAGGCAAGGAAGGACCCUUUACGGUUUCGGAGGUUGAUAUGGGGAUUCUACUAUUAUAUAUUGGGUAUUUAGUUUAGAAGUGAUUCUAGUAGUUUAUUGUUGUUAGAUUUGGGUUUUUUUUUUUUUUUUUUUGAGUAUUGGGUUGUUGAACUUGCUGUUCAUGUACUUUGCAACUUUUAUUUUGAAGUAAUGGAAGUAUAAUUUCUCGGUAUA